AUGGAGGCUUUCCACAACAACACAACAGGAAGCUCCACACAUCCUACGGCUAUGCCUAAUCAUUCAAUGGAGAUUGUUGAGGCUGUGAAAAUAGUUUCUUUUUGGCUGAUCAUAACCGUUGGUGUCAUUGGAAACUCGUUGGUUAUUGUUGUUGUGAAAAUGUUUCGCAACAUGAGAACCACCACCAACUACCUUCUGGUGAACGUAGCUGCUGCAGACAUUGCCACGCUGUUUUUUACAGCAAUCCUGUUCUUGAUAACCACGAGGUACAGUGCUGCUCAUUCUGGGGCAUUUGCAAGUUUUGUCUGUAAAUUUUUCUUCACUAAUAGUAUCGCGAUUAUCACGCUACUGGUAACUGCCCUUACGUUAACAAUCUUGGCCUUCGAAAGAUACCAAGCUCUGGUUAAACCGUUUUCAGUAACCGGCAGACUGACCAUUGACAGGAUUGCUUACGUUAUAACUGGAAUCUGGAUGGUUGCCGUUGCCUUAGUUAUUCCUUUGCUAUCUACCUUCCAUUGGGAUCCAAAAGAUUAUCUUUGUUCUCUCGGAGAUGAAGAAUAUGAAAUGAUGGUCUACAUUGAUUGCUUGGUUGUCAUUCUCACAUUAGUCCCAUUUUCUUUGAUCGCAUUCUUCUACUCUCAGAUCGUUUAUGGAAUGUAUUUCAAGAAGACAGUUUGCGGAAGCAAAGGCGAAAGAUGUGACACACGAGAGGAAACGAGAGAAAAAAGAAAACUAGUGACAUUGCUGAUCUUGCUUACUGUCGCGUUUUUCGUAGCUUUCAUUCCUUAUGGAGUUCUGCUCAUCUUAAAAGUGAGUAAAGUGAACCACUCAUUCUUGUAUCUCCAAACUGGUUCAAAGUAUCUUACUUUAAUGAACUGCUCGAUAAACCCUUUUAUCUACGCAUUUCAAAGUUCUGAUUAUAGACUGGCAUUCAAGGUCAUCCUGAAGAAGAUGUUAGGUCGUGAUACGACUGAGGAACGUUCUGAACUGAUCGAAAGGCGUACCCGUACAUCUGUUCGCAGAGUCGCAACUAAAGUGUGA